AUGUUUUUGCCUGUCGAGAAUGCGAGUAGCCAUCUUCAAAUGAGGAGUGACUUUAUGAGCAGUGAACCAGGUCGCGUUUGUCAGCUAACCACUGCGCUUGUUCUCGUGCAGCUAGCGAGAGGAGAUUCUGUUGCGGCGAUGAAAAGCUUCCAGAAUUCUUUCAGAUGUGAAGGAUUCGAGCAUUCCGAAGAGGCACGUACAUGUAAUGCACUGAUAUCAACAUUCGAAUCUGGUGAUAAUAAGGCCUUUCAAGAAGUGCUGCAACGACCAAUUCUGCGAACAAUGGAUAAUGAGUAUUUACGAUUAAUGAAAAAGCUGAAAGUCGAAGACGAACUUGAAUCUAGUCAACACGUUGGAGGAGGGGCUGAAUUCGUUGACCAGGAGGGAGAAGAAGACGAGGAUGAAGAUCUCAAAUAG